UAUCCUCGACGGAAGUCGACCAUGCAGCGCGGGUUGUUUACGAUUGAUGUUACUAAAGUAUUUUGUCAGUGUUUUUAUUUCCUGUGAUGUGAAGAAAAGUAACACCCGUUAGAUGGCGUUUGACGGUAAAUUCCGUCGCAGUGGGUCGGAGUUGGUGAAGCUGGACUGUGACUAUCUGCUGGGUUUAUUCCAAAAGACUGAGUCUGUUCGCUUCGAGGUUUUUACCAAAAUCUGGAAAGAAACGAAAUUUUCAGAAAUAUUCCAUGGAACCUUAGUGCAUGAAAAUAGACCCUUCAGUCGUCUGGUGUUGAGAGUGGCCUACACCUACUUUGUGCCUCCACAUAGUUUCCAGAUCAGAGUGGGGGGUCUUUAUCUGCUCUACUGUCUGUAUUUCAGUCAGAGGGCCUCGCCCCCAGAGAAGAUCCAUAUUGCACUGAAGGACUGGGGUGAUGUGAAGAAGUUUGAGAGGGAUGCUGUGGAAGCUCACCACUAUGACAUUGUCUACAUCCUACGGCAGCUCAUGCACACCAAAGCCUUUUACUUCAGUGCCAUGCCCAUGGAGCUCUCAUUCAAGAAAUACAAGAAUCAUCAAGCUCCACUCAGGUGUGAGAAAUUCAUUGAACGAGCUUCUCGUCCACAGGAACUGAUCAGCAUUGAGCUUCUCGAUGAAUUGUCUAAUGUACACAGCCACUAUGACAAGCUGAAGGGGUCUGUGUUCUCUGAGUCAGAACACAGCAGCUCAUCUGUGAACCUGAUCCAAAAAGACCUCGUUCCUCAACUCCGCAGCACCGUGGUGGAUUUUCACACCUGGCAGCAGAAGAGGUCUUGUUUGAAGCCGGAGGAUGAUUCAUGUGUUCCAGUCGAAGAAUCCGGGGAAGGAACUGCAUCCCAUGAGGAGACUAACAAACGAGCUCAGCUUCUGGCCUCCAUCAAAACCAAGGCCUAUGGUCAGGCUACAGAGGCCUCAAAGUCUCGCCGCCACCGUCAGGUGGAACUGGAACUAAGCAACAGUGUGGAGGCAGAAACCUUAAACAACCAAGCUCGCCCUAACUUUAAAAAGAGAACCUCUCUGAAAAGCAGAAUCUGUGACAGCGUCCACAUAUCAGGUGACAUUGAGAAAGCAACACCGAAGACCACGGUGAUUUACCGUCUGGUCACUGUGGAUUCUGAAGGUCCAGGACAAACUGAAGGAGGAAAUAAAGACGUUCAGAACAGUGGAGGAGACAAAGACACAGGCUGACGCAGAAGAUCUGAGGAGGAGACUCCUGACGAGAGCAGAGAGAAGAAUGGCUGAAUGUUUUAUACAAACAUUUACAUCGUGACACGUGAUUGUUUUAAGUUAGAUAAAUUAUGGAUGGCUGUUAGUUUUUAUGUUCUGUACAUUUGUGAGAAUUUGACUGUAUGUUGAUGAUGCAGUGUUUACUCUGAUACUACACACUGAUCUGCUUCUGGGAACUUGCAGGUUUUUUUCUUAUUUCAGUGAUUGAUAAAAAAAAAAAUUAUUUUUUUAAUAAAAGUUUUAAACAAUU